AUGCCGCAGCUGAUGGUAGCGGAACAGCAUCCAGGGCGCCAGACCGAAACGACUGGCCAGGGUCGAGAAGGGAAGCAGGGAUCCCCCACUAACAAUGUCCCGGAGGACCUUAAUGCCCGAGCGCGCCCACACCUGCGGGUCCGUGCAAAGAUAAAAAAAAAAUUGUCUGUGAAUAUAUUUAAAUUACUGGAAAACUGUUAUUUAUCUAUUUAUUUUUACUUAUUUCUAAUUGGCUCUCAAUUUUACUUGCAGGUUAAUCCAGCAAAAGAAAUCUACUGGGCCCACGUCAGUUCUGAUGCCUGCAGACUAGCUUUGCUUUGGAAAUAUGGUGGCAUUUACAUGGACACUGAUUUCAUAUCACUUCGACCCAACCCACAUCACAACUUUCUGGCUGCAGAGUCAAAGCAGUAUUCCAGCAAUGCUGUUCUGGGUUUCUCUUCCCAACAUGAGUUUAUCUGGAAAUGUAUGGAAGACUUUGUUAAAAAUUAUCAUGGUGAAAUUUGGGGCUACCAAGGGCCACUUUUGUUUACUCGUAUUCGAAAUCAGUUUUGUAGUAUGGCUUCCUUUACUGGUAAAGAGGAUUUUAUGUGUGGCAAUAUCACUAUCUUGAAUCCUGGACAUUUUUAUCCUAUUGAACCGGGAUCAUUUAAACGGUACUAUGAGGUCUGGGACAAAGAACCGACCUUUGACACUUGUUAUGCUCUGCACCUUUGGAAUUAUGCAAAUCGAGGGGAUCAUAGGGCAAUGGUCCCUGGAAGUAAUACACUGGUGGAGCAUCUCUACCAAAAUAAUUGCCCUUCGGUAUAUGCGGAAUUAGCUAGAAAUGGGACCUCAUUAUAAAGUGCCCCUACUUUCAAACAUCCAACUUACAAACGACUCCUACUUGCAAACGGAAGGAGAUA